AUCUGACGGAACUCGCUCAGACAAAAGGGAACUGGUUGAAAUGGUUCUUUAUUCUGCAUAAUUUGUUCAACAUAUGUUGAAGUUUGUCAUUAUAGCCUAUCCAAAUAGACCAUUUUGCAAGAACAAAUGCCUUCUAAAGAAUUCCUGAAAGUCAAUUCGCAUUGUACUUUCGUUUUCAAGGUUAAACAACUUUAGAGAGUUUGGAGAUUUUUUGCGUUAUUAUUUUUCAAACUUUUCUCUCUUCCGCUUUAUCAAGCAGGAUGGUUGCGAUGGUGCGCAACCCCGAUGUCAAGCAGAGAGACACAGCUCAGGCUGUGGUUGUUGCAGUGUCAUCAAACGCAAUAUUUUACCCAGAAGCUGAGCAAGUCCAUGGAGCAACAGAACCUUUGAGAAAGGGAGAUGCUUUUUCUUUCAUCAAGGCCAUCCAGGUAGUGAAUGAAAGACUGCUGACCAUGAAUUCUGAUGAGACAUUGCUGUUUGAUGUGAUUCUGCUGUCCAAUGACCAUGAAGAAAAACACUCAAGGAUCAUUGCCAGUGCAAAACAUUAUGGUCUUGAUAUUGGCAGAUUUUGCUUCUGCAACAAGGAGGAUUCCAUUGAGACCCUGCAAUCAUACAAUGUGAAACUGUUCCUGUCAACGGAUACUAAUGAUGUGUGCAAGGCCUUACAAAAAGGUGUUCCAGCAGCCCUACUGUACUGUCAGACAGACCCACAUCAUCAGACAGUGGAUCAGCUCAAAAUGGUGUUCUCAGGAGACGUGAUUGGAUCCUCAGAGGAGAUGCUGCAUGACCUAAGAGAACAGGGCUUCACCGAGACCCAGCUCCAGGGUUUUAAAACUGCAAAGGGUUCAAUGAAAGAGUUUACCGUGUUGCUGGGAGAGAUGAGGAGGAGAUUUGGGUUGGAGGGCAGCCCCCUCUGCACCGGCCUGAUGACAGUGUGGAGCUCCAGGGAUGUGUGUGCCAGUGCCCUGAAGACUCUACGAGGCUGGGGACUGCUUGUGGAUGAGGCCUUUUGCCUGGCCGGAGCCCCUCGUAGCCCCAUCCUUAACUUGGUACGGCCUCACAUACUCUGCCUCGAUGGCCUGUAUCAUAUGGAGGGGUUCACUGCAAUGUCAUGAUGGAUGGCAGACGGAUAGGAAGAAGAUGUAUAUUUGGGUAUUUUUCCUGUUAGAUUUUUGGAUGAAAGCUUUUUUUGCAUGCUUUUUGGCUCGAGUUUUAUUGUACCUCAUUCAUACAACAGCUGCCAGCUUCAAUAUAUCAUUGAACCAACUGCUUAAACAGAUUGUUGUGUAAAUAAAUAUAGCAAUAUUCCUUUAA